UUUCUUGCGGAGUACAGGAUGAAAAAAAUGUGGGGGCCAAACUGAACAUUUUGCCAUAUGUGUACUAUAAAUGGAGCUUAAAUUUGCAGUUGUUCUAUUUUUUUUAUUUACUUUUAACAUAUAAACUCACUCAACGGAAAGUAUCGACCACUCCACCACGCAUUCUCGUCUCCUCUCUGUCCUGUGAAUCGCAAAAAUCUUUUAGGGUUUAUACAAAUCUUGCUAUCAGAUCCAUUGUCUCUUUUACUUUCGGGUUGUACUUGUCUUCCUCCUUUCCUAUUGGGUGAAUCCAUCAAUAAAUCAGCUUCUAAGGUGAAAUACAGCUACUCCUGUCGUCGUUGCUGACGCCAAAUCCAUGAAUGAAGAUAAGAGAAAAUUGGAGGAAGAUGAAGAAGAACAAGUUGGGGCUAAGAAACAGAAAAAUGAUGAUGUAGCAGCAGUAGAGGAACAAAAGAUUGAGCUCAAAAUUUCAGAAACCGAGGUCCUGAAGAGAAAUGUAUUAUUCCCACCCAAAAAGGAGCUUUUGGUGGCAGCUAAGAAUUGCCUUGUGGAUCUGAUCGAAAAGGAAGAUGAAAUUAGUGGUUCAGCAGAGGAUGCUGGUGCACCUGAGAAGGUUCCUGGAACUGCAACUAAGAAUGACCUUGUACCUGCUACCAAGAAGAAAGACGAUGCAAGCAAUGGUACUGGUUCUGUUUCUGAAGAUGAGGAUGUUGCUGUAGCCAAGAAUGUUCUUGCAGCUGGGUCUUCAGGUGAAGAUCCCACUGCAACUAAAAAGGAAGGUGAGAGAAGUAAAGAAGAAUCUGACCCUCCAAAUAUUCAAGGGAUAAAGAAGUCUAUCUCAAUCUCAGAGAAUAGCAAUAGUUUAGAGGAGUCUCCUGAAGAGUAUGAAGAAAUAUCUGCUGACAAAGAGACAGAAGACCCUUCCCAAAACCCAGUGAAAAUGAAUACUGAUGUAAAAAUGAUGGAUGCCACGCCGACUAUGCCAAAUUCUGGGAAAGGGGGUUCCCUACACGUGGAGGCUCCAAGGGACCCUGCCACACUGAGAGUUGAAACAACAGGCUCUAAAACUCUGUUUAUUGGGAAUCUGUGCUUCUCCAUCGAGCGGACUGAUGUCGAGGAGUUUUUCAAAGAUGCUGGGGAAAUUGUAGAUAUUCGCUUCGCUAUGAAUGAAGACGAUACAUUUAGGGGAUUUGGCCAUAUCGAGUUUGCUACUGUGGAAGCAGCAGAAAAGCAGGCCCUCCUGGAAUUAAAUGGUAAACAUUUGCUGGGUCGUCGGGUGAGACUUGACUACAAUAGGGAAAAAGGAUCCUACACACCACAUAGUAGCACAGGGACAAGCUCAAGUCAGACGGGAUGGAAAGCUCAAGAGCAAACAAUAUUUAUUAGGGGAUUUGAUAAAAGAAACUGCGAAGACAAGAUUAGGAGUGCACUGGGAGAUCAUUUUGUAUCUUGUGGGGAAAUUACAAAAAUUUCCAUUCCGAGAGAUCAAGAUGGUGGUGUUAAAGGCAUAGCUUAUAUUGAUUUCAAGGAUGCCAAUGCGUUUAACAAUGCUCUGGAGCUCAAUGGUUCUGAAUUAGGAGAGGCUACCUUGACGGUGGAAGGGGCAAGGCCUAGAGGUGAUGGUCGUGACAGUGCUUGGAGUGGCAGGAGUGGUGGUGGUAGAUUUGGAGGUCGACAUGUUGGUGGCCGUGGAUAUGGAUAUGGACACGGUGAUCAUUUUGGAGGCGGUGGCCAUGGAUAUGGACAUGGUGGUCAUUUUGGAGGCCUUGGCCGUGAUGGUUAUUUUGGAGGCAGUGGCCGUGGAUAUGGUGGCCAUUUUGGAGGCGAUGGACGCCGUGGAUAUGGUGGCAAUUUUGGAGGCGAUGGACGUGGAUAUGGUGGCCAUUUUGGAGGCGAUGGACGUGGAUAUGGUGGCCAUUUUGGAGGCGAUGGACGUGGAUAUGGUGGCCAUUUUGGAGGCGAUGGACGUGGAUAUGGUGGCCAUUUUGGAGGCGAUGGACGUGGAUAUGGUGGCCAUUUUGGAGGCGAUGGACGUGGAUAUGGUGGUCGGUUUGGAGGUGAUGGCCGUGGAUAUAGUGGUUGGUUUGGAGGUGGUGGUAGAGGAUGGUGAUCUCUCAGCAAGACAAGCCCUACAGUUGGAAUUGGAAAGAGGAUGGACGAGAACAAGUAAGCUUAGGAGGACUAUAGAAGAGAUGAGAGGGAGAUGGGCUACGGAAAAAAGAAACCCCAUGUGCUACCAUGGGAUUUGAGUUAAGUUUUAAAGCUCUUUCUUUCUUCUCUAGACACGAUCUUUUUUGCGAGAGUUUGUAAGUAUGGUAACUAAAUACUUUGAAUUUUAUGUAAUAUGUUUCAGUGUUUUAUGGGUUUUCUCGUGGACGCUAUCAAUUGUGGGUGGCUUAUAGACUCGCUAUAGACUAUGGAUCCGUUGAAUCGUAUGUCAAGAUUUUGUUAUAAUCCUUUACUCUAGGAAGCACCAAGGCGAAGGUUGUGAAGAGAAAGUAAUGAGCUUGGCAUAAAGGCAUUUUACCUAGGAUAUCGCCAGGUGAAAGGAUGAAGUGAGGCCAAUUUUCUCAUUGUGAAGCUAGGUUUCUUUUCAUUUGCAGUCACAAUUUACAAAUUUGUUUACCAACAGGUGAUGUGGUGAUAUUUAAUUGAUUCAAAAUCUCACCAACCAAGCAAAAAUAGAUAAAUUUUCCCCCUUUUUUUACCACUCA